AUGGAGAGGCUUCAGCUUCAAGGACCCCUUGACUCCUCUUUGUUUGCUGAGCACCUAGAAGUAGUGAAUAGCUUGGAACAAGGUUUUGUCGAUAGAGAGAGUAACUUCAAAGUCAAGGAGGAUGAACAUGAAGAACAAACUUUGAUAUCAAGCUUGGAGGGUAACAUGCCAUUCCUUCAGAUGCUUCAAAGCGUGGAAUCCCCGCAGCAUCUUAAGAAACCAUGGGAAGGGACGCCCUACAUACCCACAUUGGAAUCCGAAAUCAAUGAAUUUGAACAGUACACACGUUCAGGCAGUGAUGCUGCUUGGGCUAAUAAAGAUACCAGGUUAUCGAAACAUCAUCAUCAGGAACGGGUGAGGAAGAGGAAGAGAGGAAGAGAAAGUAAAGACAAGGACAAGGAAGAGGUUGAGAACCAGCGCAUGACCCACAUUGCUGUGGAACGCAAUAGGCGGCGCCAAAUGAAUGAGCAUCUCAGUGUUCUAAAGUCUCUCAUGCACCCUUCCUAUAUUCAAAGGGGUGACCAUGCAUCAAUCAUAGGGGGUGCAAUAGACUUUGUGAAGGAAUUGGAGCAGUUAGUUGAAUCCCUUGAGGCCCAAAGAAGGAUGAGAAACAAGGAAGAAGAGGAUGGUGGGAAAGAAGAAGCAAGUGGUGGGAAUGAGGCUAAGGCAGAGAGAAGGUCAAAGGUGGGAGGCAUUGAGGUGAGUGUGAUUCAAAGCCAUGUCAAUUUGAGAAUUCAGUGCGAGAAGAGAGCAGGGCUAUUGAUAAAUGCAAUCGUUGCAUUGGAGAACCUAAGGCUCCCUAUUCUUCAUCUCAACAUCACAUCCUCAGAUUCUUCAGUUCUCUAUUCUUUCAGUCUCAAGAUUGAAGAAGACAGCAAGUUAGGGUCAGCAAAUGAAAUUGCAGAGGCAGUUGAUAAGAUAUUGACUUCAUUAAGACAUUAA